UUUUAUUUUGAAGGACUCGCAGUGUUAGUGUGUGUUUCCGGUGUGUGUUCAGCAGCAGCAGCAGCAGGAGGAGGAGGAGGAGGUUCAGGGAGGAAGAAAAAUACGACAACAUGGACAGUCACGGGAGGAGAGUGGUGGUGUGUGACAACGGCACCGGGUUUGUCAAAUGUGGCUACGCAGGCUCCAACUUCCCCGAACACAUUUUCCCAGCUCUGGUUGGUCGGCCAAUCAUCCGCUCCACAGCUAAAGUCGGCAACAUUGAGAUCAAGGACCUGAUGGUGGGGGACGAGGCCAGCGAGCUGCGCUCCAUGCUGGAGGUGAACUACCCGAUGGAGAACGGCAUCGUCAGGAACUGGGACGACAUGAAGCACCUGUGGGACUACACCUUCGGCCCUGAGAAACUCGACAUCGACUCGCGCAGCUGCAAGAUCCUGCUGACUGAGCCGCCCAUGAACCCGACCAAGAACAGAGAGAAGAUCAUCGAGGUGAUGUUUGAAACCUACCAGUUCACAGGAGUUUAUAUCGCCAUCCAGGCCGUCCUCACCCUCUAUGCUCAGGGACUUCUGACCGGGGUGGUGGUCGACUCUGGUGACGGCGUCACUCACAUCUGUCCCGUGUACGAGGGCUUCUCCCUGCCCCACCUGACCCGACGCCUCGACAUUGCAGGGAGGGACAUAACACGCUACCUCAUCAAGCUGCUGCUGCUGCGAGGAUACGCCUUCAACCACUCUGCAGACUUUGAGACGGUGAGGAUGAUGAAGGAGAAGCUCUGCUACGUCGGCUACAACAUUGAGCAGGAGCAGAAGCUGGCGCUGGAGACGACGGUGCUGGUGGAGUCGUACACGCUCCCGGACGGCAGGGUGAUCAAAGUGGGAGGUGAGAGGUUCGAAGCCCCCGAGGCUCUGUUUCAACCACACCUCAUCAACGUGGAGGGGGUGGGCGUGGCUGAGCUGCUGUUCAACACCAUCCAGGCCGCAGACAUCGACACCAGAGCGGAGUUCUACAAACACAUUGUCCUGUCCGGAGGCUCCACCAUGUACCCUGGCCUGCCGUCCCGCCUGGAGCGAGAGCUCAAACAGCUCUACCUGGAGCGAGUGCUGAAGGGAGAUGUGGACAAACUGUCGAAAUUCAAGAUCAGGAUAGAGGACCCCCCCAGGCGUAAACACAUGGUGUUCCUGGGUGGCGCCGUGCUCGCCGACAUCAUGAAGGACAAGGACAACUUCUGGAUGACGAGGGAGGAGUACGAGGACAAAGGGAUGAGGGUGCUGGAGAAGCUGGGAGUCACUGUCAGAUAAAACACAAACAAACAACCCCCACACACAGUCCCUCCAUCUCCCAGCACCGAACCGUUUUCAGAUGUAGAAUCAGAUGCUGCAAAAUGCUGCAGCUCCUCUAAAGCAGCAGCUGGAUGUUCUGAUCCACUCUCGAUAAGAUCGACACCACGCUCACAUUCAUCUGUUCAGUGUGAAGCUACAACCCGCAGACAGUUAGCUUAGCUCACUGCACGUAUCCUGAGCACUGUUUCACAUCACCGUCUCUUUUUCUAACAUUCCAGCACCAGAAAAACACUGAUUUUUAAAUUCAGUUUUUUCCCAGUUUCAUUCAACAGUGGAAACUACGACCACGACUUCCCCAGCUGGACAUUGUUGGAAAACCCUAUUAGCUUAGGACUGGAAACAGGGAAACAUUUAGCCUGUCUACCUCCUCUAAAGCUCUGAAUGGUUUUUGUUGUUGAUCUGAACUCCCUCCAGACAGAGCCAGGCUAACCCUUUCCCCCUCUUUCCAGUCUUUAUGCAAAGCUAAGCUAACUGGCUCCAGCUACAAGACACGAUAAGACAGAGUGGUGUCGAUCUUCUCAUGUAAGUGGAUUUCUGAAAAUGUCUUGACUGUUUCUUUAAAGCUGAACUCAUUAUCUAUGGUGUUAAAAAGGCCGGUCGACCUUCAGAGACCAGGUCGAGCUCCCGGCUGUUCUCAAGGUGAUGAAGAUGAUAAUUGGUGAAGUAUUUCACGAGACCUCCGGGUUAUGAAGACAUGUCGCCUGCUCUGACGGAUACUGAUCAUCAGAUACCAUCCUCCAAGUCCGUGCAGGAGGACAGGCGGACAUUUUGAUCUCAGCGAGAACAUUCCUCCGUCUUCUUCCUGAGUCUCAGUUGGAUUUUUUGGGAUUUGGGACCAGUCGUUUGCUGGAGCUUUUGAUUUCUCUGUGUCCAGUUUACGACCAACAAACCAGCUCCUGCAGGUCAGAGGAUUUACUGAUGAACACAAAAUCUGUUUCCCAUUCCUCAACAGUUCCAGAGUCAUUCCUUCAUCUCGGUCCAGGACGGUCACAUGACUUAUCGUCGUCUCCCCUGGCUCAACUUUUCAGUUUCAGAUCUGUUGACAAAUCAAAGGAAGGUGUAACGCUGCCCCCACACUUAUUUCCUCUGGUUUUACUGAUCAAACACUUCAUUUGAUGCAUGAACGGUUUGUUCAGUGACUGAAAGGUCUGGAGAUUCAGGACCGUGAUGAUGAUGGUCCUGGAUCAGCUCUCAGCUUCACUGAAGCUUCAGUGCUUUUUCACUCUGCUCAGUGAGGACGUGCUUUUCUUCCUCCUCUUCGUCACUGUGCUGAAGAUGAACAUCAGCAGCAGGUGAUGUGUUCAAGUACCUGAGAUAAUAUUUGUAAUCUGCUGUGAGGGAAUGGAGACGUAAAAUGUAAAAGCUGGUAUUUGUGGUUUCUGGGUUCUCGUGUGUUAGAGACUCACACAUAUAAAAGUAUAAAUGUAUAAUUUCCUCCGAUCAUCAGGAGCUGGAUGUUGAUUGAUCGGCUGAUUAUCUAAAUAAAUCAGUGAUUUAUA